GAUGUACUUUGAACCGACACCUCGCAUGAAUUGAAACUGAUUUGUAUAAUUUGUAAGCACCAUAUUCAUCAUCAUAGAAGGAUGGGUUACAAACCAUUUCAGGUGCUUUAAAAAGAAUUUCGGAAUUUUAAAAUUCUAUAAAUAACUUUUUACGGUUAAAUAUGUCCGAUUACCAUUAGCUCUAGUGGAACUGGAUCUUUACAUAAUGGCGAGUUAUUAGCAAUCGUCACUAUUGAAAUUGUUAAAUCGUUACGCAUGAUUAAGAAUAUUUACACUAAUACGUUCUAUAUUAUCUCAAUCAAUAACGGCCCAUGUGAAAUCCUACACGCCCCUUCUGGACGAUUCCAAAUUCUUACCUGUUAUUCCGUUUAGUAGUUCAUACCUAUUCAGGUGUAGGCCUUAGUAGUGGCCAAUUAAGGAAUAAGGUGUGUUUUGGACUUUUGUGUUACCUUAAUAGAACUGGUCAGAUCAAAUUCUUGAAGACAACGCCUUGCGACCAGUCAUUUUGGAGAGACACCGAUCUAUAGCAUGGUUUCAAACGGAUCAAUGGAUUGAAAUAUUCAUUCAAAGGAAUUUUACAACCAUUUAAUUUUAUUCUUUUCAAUUGUGCUCAAGAACCGGUUGACUUAAUAUAGUAAAGUUAUCAGCAAUAAUUAUCCAAAAUAUCGGUGUACAAAAUCGGACAAUCCAAAGUCAUGACAAGGUAGUUUUAGGAUUUUGUUAUUGGAAAGUAACAUUGAUUUGGUUGCAGCUUUGAUGUUCAUCUUUUGACACCUGAUAUCGAGUGACAAGGAAUUAAAGCACGUGGAGAUGUUCGCUACUUCCAGACUGCUGCUGCUAACCAGCUUACUACUGGGAGUGUCCGGUCAGCAGAUCUUUACAAAAUUCCGGGGCGAUUUCUUACUUUGGGAACUCUGGAAUCCUGACUUUUUAAACACUAGCUCAGAAAACUACAAAUCGUUAGAGGGCGACCUCCUCCAAGAAAUCAGCGACCUUUUUUCCAAUGUUCCAAAUUUUAAGACGGAAGGACUUAUAGGACUAAGGCAAGAUGAUGAAUACACUGAAGCCACGAUUAGUUUCGAGUUCAAUGAUCCUAUCACGGUGGAGAGAUUUCGAUACACAAUACAGGACGAGCUGACUACCAAUAACACCUUUUACAUCAUCCUAUCUAGCGCCAAAAAUAUACGCGGUAUUGAGGACCUUGUAACACAAGAGCCGCUGUCUGUCUCAUCCACUCUACUACCAUCCGGUACAGUGUUUUCUGGGAACCUGUUGGUGACGUCCUUAUACGAUGGACAAUCAUCCGAGGGUAUACUUCCAGUAUCUUCCAGUCUUGAACUAUUACAGUCGUCAAUGUCGGAUGUCGUAUACGAUCCGUCUACCAGAAUGCACACGUUUUCAACAUCUUCAAAAGGGGCUACGAGUCAGAUGAAAUCAUCAUUCUACUCAUCGGAAUUAUCGUCAUCAAUGGAUUUCGACAUUCUUCCAUCUUUUACUGGUGUUGAUAUGACAUCAUCGUCUUCAGCAUCGUUUGAAGACUUAUCACGAGCAAGUCAGGUUUCGUCCUCGCCGUUAUUGUCCAGUGUUGCUUCGCUGUCCAUAUCGCCAACUGAUGUUUCAAAAUCUGCCUCAAAAUCAAUAUCCAUAACACCGACACAUGAAUCCUCUUAUACAGAGUAUAGACCAACGGAAGUCUCAACAACUGCACCAUCUUCUUCGGAGUUUGAUUUAUCUUCAGUUUUACCAUCAGGGGAACCCUCAGCAACAUCCGUUACACACAGCAAAGAACCAGUUUCCGAGAGCCGAAUAAUCUCUCUAGAAACGAGUCAUCUUGUUUUCUCUAGUGUAGUGUCUUCCUCUGUACCUGUAGAAACACAGGAUAUAUCUUCCUCUCUGAUGGUAACGAGCGCCUCCCCUACAGCACUGGUCUCUAAGAUACAACCCACCUCCACAGCAGAAGACAGUUCAACGACGGUCUAUGAAACAACAUCGUCAGCUUCAGUGACAACAAGGACGCCGCAACCAAUAUCACAGACAACAACAGCACCAACAACCACAACCUCUGUGCCGCGGCAGAUCGUGUCUGGAAAAGUGAGGAUGGUCAACCAGCAAUGGUUGUCUGAGUACGAGAAUACCAACUCGGCCUUGUAUCGUAUUAUAUAUGAACAAGUUCGGGCUACGCUAACGGAUGCAUACAGCCGAAGUUCUUACGGAAACCGUCUUGUUACCGUGUCUGAUAUUAUCUUUAGACCCGGAAGUAUUAUUGCUGAGUUCAGUGUGACGUUCUCUGGUGAGGAGGAGAUCGAUCCUGUCUUACUUGACCAGGACAUCAACGCUUUUGCGCAGAAUCUACCGGAAGAGUUUAGUAUUGAUCCCGAGUUUACCUCUCACGAAGCACUGACCACUGCUUCCACCUUGCCAUUCACAACAGCUGCACCGACAACAGCUGCACCGACAACAUCUGCACCGACAACAACUGCACCGACAACAUUAGCUGUUACAACUCCAUCCAGCACCACAGCUCCAGUUACCCAUGAUCCAACAGAAAAACCAGAAACAACCGAGAAAACAACCAUUCCGGUUACGACGGAAAAAGCGACCCCUUCUUCUGGUUCCUUUUCAUCUACGGACUCGGUAACAACACCUUACCUCGCAACCACGGAGGAAAUCAGGACAUUGAACCAGACAACACAGACUCCUGUGUCAGACACGGUCACAUCGACUACAGGACCGACAACUCUGCACCCAGUCACAACACAGACUGUUUUUACUGGUAGCCAGGAAACUAACGCAACAACAAAGUCCUACACAACAAGCAAUGUACAACAAACUACUCCUGAUAUAACAAAGCUCUCAACAGAGGCCGAAACAAGACCACCGACAACAACAACGAUAAUACCGACAACAACACCAACAACAACGACAGCAAUACCGACAACAACUACAGUGAUACCUACAAUAACGACUACAAAACCGACAACAACGGUGGGGACAACGGAGCCUCAAAUCACCCGGGUAUUUCAGGUGGAACUCCGCAUUCUGAACGAGCAGUGGGUGCCGGAGUACGCCGUGACAGGGUCUUUAGAGUAUGAAAACCUGACUAGUGAAUACAAAGCCAUCCUUUAUUCUGUCUACGAUUUUGAUGCAAAGUAUAUGGAACGAUUUUUGGAGAUCUCAAAUUUGCAAUUCAGACAAGGAAGCCUCAUCAUAUCCUACACUGUGACGUACCUAGGACGCGACCCUAUAAAUACCAAGGAUCUUGACGACGCGAUAAAUCAGGCCUUUACUUCUGGAAAUUUCCCCAACGCAGAAAUUGACCAAAGUUUUACCUCACAUCAAGAAUUAUCUUUUGAUGUCUCCACCACACCACAAACUACUGAUUUUACCCCAACAACUGAAAUGACAACACAAGAGAAGACAGGUAUAUCACUUACAUCAACAACAGAAAAAACAGACAGUCGAACAACAUCGGCUCCAGACACAGACACGACACUACAACACACCACUGAAGUCAAGACUACUGUUACCAACAAUCCAUUGGCCAAUACAACCCAGCAUCUGACAACAGAAUCCAUUACUACAACAAAAGUGACAUCAGAAUCCAUUACAACACCGCACGUGACAACUGAGUUCAUUACAACACCACGUGUGACAACAGAAUCAGUUACAACACCACGUGUGACAACAGAGUCCAUUACAACACCACGUGUGACAACAGAAUCAGUUACAACACCACGUGUGACAACAGAGUCCAUUACAACACCAAUUGUGACAACAGAAUCAGUUUCAACACCACGUGUGACAACAGAGUCAAUUACAACACCGCACGUGACAACAGAGUCCAUUACAACACCACACGUGACAACAGAGUCCAUUACAACACCGCACGUGACAACAGAGUCCAUUACAACACCAAUUGUGACAACAGAAUCAGUUACAACACCACGUGUGACAACAGAGUCAAUUACAACACCGCACGUGACAACAGAGUCCAUUACAACACCGCACGUGACAACAGAGUCCAUUACAACACCGCACGUGACAACAGAGUCCAUUACAACACCAAUUUUAACAACUGAUCAAAUGUCGAGUACAACAGAGGGUUCUGUGGUUCUCCAGGACUUUGAAGUGACUAUUAGGGUUGUUACUGAGGAGUGGAAUCCUUUAUACGCAGACCAAUCAAGCCAGUUCUACACAAACCUGUCUAUUGCUUACUAUACAUUUCUUUUCGAUACAUACUCUCUUGGUGUUUAUGCUGACCGUUUUGAGGGAAUCACUGAAGGGCUCAGAUUCAGCCCGGGGAGUGUCAUCAUGAACUUCGUGGUCACUUUCCUUGGCGGCGAGGAGGUGGACGUAUCGCUGCUCAACGAUGACGUCAACCAGGCCUUCAAAGAUGGAUUCUUUGGACCAGACGUAAUGAUUGAUCCCCUGUUCACCUCUCACAAAAGAAUUACACUAUUCUCGACAACACCAUCUGUUGUUAUACCAACAACGAGAAGUUCAACCACUCUAGUAAUUUCCACGACUCAAGCUUCAACAACUCAAGCUCAAACCACAGAUAAAGCGCCAGUAACAACUCAAGUUCCAACUACAACUCAAACAUCAAUAACCACACACGUUCCAAUGACUACUGAAGCUCCAUCCACUACAAUAACUACAACAACCAUUCAAACUCAAACAUCACAACAGCCAACAACCACCCAAGAUUUAAUAUCCAUGACACAAACCUCAACGCCUAAAGCUCUAACGACAACUCAAGCUCCAACAACCACUCAAUCAUCAACAACCACUCAAGUUCCAAUUUCAAUAACGCUAACUUCAACAACUCAAACUUCGACAACAACUCAAGCUUCAACAACCACACAAGCUCCAACAAAAACUGAAGCACUUACAACCCCAGGAGCUCCAACGACAACACAAGCUCAAACAACUACUCAAGAUCCAUCAACAACAACAACAUCAACAACAACUGAGGCUCCAAUUACAACUAAACCCCUAACAACCACUAAAGCUGCAUCAACCACAACUAACAUGCCAACAACAACUGAGGCUCUAACAACAACUCAAGCUCCUACAACAAAUCAACGUUCAACAACCCUAGAAGCCCUACCAACAACUCAACCUUCAACAACCACACAAGCUCCUAUAACCACACAAUCUCCAACAACAAAUCAACUUCCAACAACAACUCAGGCUCCAACAACCACACAAGCACCAACAACAACUCAGGCUCCAACAACCACACAAGCACCAACAACAACUCAGGUUCCAACAACCACACAAGCACCAACAACAACUCAGGCUUCAACAACCACACAAGCACCAACAACAACUCAGGCUCCAACAACCACACAAGCACCAACAACAACUCAGGCUCCAACAACCACACAAGCACCAACAACAACUCAGGCUCCAACAACCACACAAGCACCAACAACAACUCAGGCUCCAACAACUACAAAAGCACCAACAACAACUCAACUUCCAACAACCACACAAGCACCAACAACAACUCAGGCUCCAACAACCACACAAGCACCAACAACAACUCAGGCUCCAACAACCACACAAGCACCAACAACAACUCAGGCUCCAACAACCACACAAGCACCAACAACAACUCAGGCUCCAACAACCACACAAGCACCAACAACAACUCAGGCUCCAGCAACAACACAAGCACCAACAACAACUCAGGCUCCAACAACCACACACGCACCAACAACAACUCAGGCUCCAACAACCACACAAGCACCAACAACAACUCAGGCUCCAUCAACCACACACGCACCAACAACAACUCAACCUCCAUCAACGACAGGAGCCCCAACAACCAUAGUUUCAACGACUGAUCCUGUUAUAUCACAAGUUAUUAAUGCUUCACUGAAAAUUACAAGCCAGACUUGGAAUUCCAAGCUUUCUGACAUAGAUUCUGCAGAAUAUCUGACGCUGAAAGAUACCAUGUAUCAAAAGCUUUUAGCAGUUUACAAAAACAGUAUCUACAAAGACCGAGUCAUUGAUAUUGUGAACAUAACAUUCAGAGAAGGCAGUGUAAUUGUGGAUUACUCAGUACAGUUUACAGAAAAUGACUCUGUUCCCUUGGAGCAACUGAAUUCCAUUGUCAGUUCCGCUGUCAGUAACGACGCGUUUGGGCCUGACGUUAUAAUAGAUCCUGCAUCAAUUUCGCACAACAAAAUUCCCUCUAUUCCUUCAUCUACUACUGAAGAAUCAACGGCCUUACCCGAGUCGACCACUGAAAUUCCGGUCACGCGCAGUGACUUCAUGGUACCUAACUGGGGGAUCGCCGUGAUCGUGUGUGGAGCCGUGGUGCUGGUCUUCCUUCUUGCCAUGAUCUGUGUCUUGUGUUCGAGGAGACACACGAAACAGAAAUACCGUAUGCCUGAAGACCCGGAUGACAUUGGUUAUAUUCGAAAGUCGAAUGGAAGUGAGUUUGCUUACGAUAACAAUAUUCCAAAAGAAACUAUGACGGUCGAUGAGGAAAUAAAAGCUCCCAACCAGGUGUACCAUCUGAAGACAUCGGACCUUCAGCAAAAUGCAGGACAAGAACUCCAGAAGAAUGGAAAUACGCAGGCGCAAGACGAUAAUACGACCAAUUUCUUCGGUACAGAGGAAUUUCAAGUUGAUGAAAUGCAUGAGCCAGGCCCAAUAAGUUCUGAUGAGAUUCAGCUACAGAUCACAGAUAACAAUACAGCAGCCUCGCCCCCCGCCCGCCCCGGGGAGGAAUCCGAGCCCAGCGAGGGGGAGGCUACGGUCAUCGACACGGAUAGCGUCACAGAGAGCAUGGGAAAGAUCACGUGA